AGAGGCAAACGAAAGAGGAGAGAGAUAGCAGCCGCUGUGACAGAUAAGAGUGUGGCAGAACUUGUCCUUCCUGACUGCACCGUGGGCCAGUGGGAAGAGAGAACAAGUGGAGCAGUCUGCACAUCACAAACACACUCACACACAGAGAAACAGGCACAUCGCUCCAGGAGAAGUCCAGAGAGAGGACUGACCUCAGAAAGGAGUGGUGUGUCUCUCCUGCAGAGGAACUUGUCUCUGUGCCUGCAGGGACGAUGGAGGAGCUCUCCGUGAAAGACAAGGAGCUGAUACGAGACAGCUGGGAGAGCCUGGGCAAGAACAAAGUUCCUCACGGUGUCAUCAUGUUCACCAGAUUGUUCGAGCUGGACCCUGAGCUCCUCGGUCUUUUCAACUACAGUGCAAACUGUGGUUCAAAACAAGACUGCCUCUCCAGUCCUGAGUUCCUGGACCACGUCACCAAGGUGAUGCUCGUGCUGGACGCGGCAGUCAGCCACCUGGAUGAUCUUCACUCCUUGGAGGAAUUCCUGCUCAACCUCGGGAAGAAGCAUCAGGCGGUGGGAGUCAGCACGCAGUCGUUCGCCGUGGUGGGUGAGGCCCUUCUCUUUAUGCUGCAGUGCAGUCUGGGUCAGGCCUACACGGCACCGCUGCGCCAAGCUUGGCUCAACAUGUACAGCAUCGUAGUGGCGGCGAUGAGUCGAGGGUGGGCCAAGAACGGAGAGGACAAGGCCGACUGAGGCACGCAGCGGGAGCUUGUCAAAUCAUCAACACGGUUGCCAUGGAAUAAGGUUGUGUAACUGCAGCACUGUGGCUUUGGCUGCCGUACGUUUGCUCUGUGAGUUGGGUUGUUUAGCAUAGCGACUGUAUGGUAUAGCUACACUUUAGAUGCAGACCGACUGAUCGCAGAGUUUAUUUUCUUUACCGUGGAUGUUUAGCUUCCAUCCAACGCUGCUGUGAGAGUCCGAGUCAAUCUGGGAAGCACUGAGAGAAAGCAUCGAGGAGCCCUGCCGAGUCUCUUUGUACAUAACAGCUUUGAUAUAUAUUUACUCAAACAAUAACGGUGGCUGUAGUGGUCUU